AACCCAUCAUGGAUUUUUGUCUCUUAACUAACAUUGAGACGAUUAAUUUUAGCCUGUGGCCAUCCAACUGCUUUGGGGCUGGGAAGGUCUGAGUGCUGGAGGCCGGCCGCUCUGUAGGACCACUUCUGGGCCACUGGAGCCCAGGCAGAAGAGGCUCACUUCUGUCAGGAAAGGCGGUGGACGGGGUUGUUUUGGAACGGGAGUCAGUGUCUCCUCACCGUUGGGACUCAUACUCAAAGAGCAGAGACGGAGGGAGGCUGAGGAGAAGAGUGAAGCGCAGCCUGGGUGCCCUGAGCGAGCCAAGGGAACAGCUGGGCGCUGGGGAAUGCCUGCUGCCCCGCUCACUCUCCUGCCAGAACCCAGCGGGUGCCGCGGCUCCACACGGGACCUCCAUCGCCGCCAGCGAGCCAUGUUCCAGGCUGCAGGAGCCACCCAGGCCACCCCGUCCCACGAAGCCAAAGGUGGCAGUGGCAGCAGCGCGGUUCAGCGCUCCAAGUCCUUCAGCCUUCGCGCCCAGGUGAAGGAGAUCUGCGCUGCCUGCCAGAAGACCGUGUACCCCAUGGAGCGGCUGGUGGCCGACAAGCUCAUUUUCCACAACUCUUGCUUCUGCUGCAAGCACUGCCACACCAAGCUCAGCCUGGGCAGCUACGCGGCGCUGCACGGGGAAUUUUACUGCAAACCCCACUUUCAGCAGCUGUUUAAGAGCAAAGGCAACUACGACGAAGGCUUCGGCCGGAAGCAGCACAAGGAGCUCUGGGCCCACAAGGAGGUGGACCCCGGCACCAAGACAGCCUGAGGCCCCUCUCCUAGUCCACUCCCUCCUCCCUCCGUCGAGGGCCUGGAGCAGGCAGCGGGCAGGGUGGGAGAGAGGUUGGACCGCGCCCGGUGGGGGCAGGGUGGGAAGGGGAUGAGGCCGUCUUGCUCCGGCAGAGGGUCUUGGGGGCAGGGCUCUGCUCCGGGAUUCCUUCCUUCUCCCUCAGUGGGUGGGGGGGUUAGGGAACCAGGACUGGGCUUUGCUCACCAGCCCGCUUCCUGGUGCUUCCAGCCUACCCCGCCUCACCCCCACGACCCCCUGGGAAGGCCCCCCAACCCAGCUUCCCUAUCUAGGUGCCUUUUCUCCAGCAAGGAGUCAGCAUGCCCCCCUCAGGGUCCCAAGCUCCCUCACUGCCACCCAGGGCCCUGUGUGGCCCCCACGUCUCCCCAUCUACCUCUGCCCUUAGCCUGGUCCUGAGCCAUGGAGACUGCAGGAAGGUGAGCCAGGGUGCCCCCUGCUGGGUCUCUCCAAAUGCCCACCAGGACCCAGUGGGGGAGGGGAGGGAAAGUGGAAGAGCCCCGCCCUCCCACCCACCCCCCAAGGCGAGGCAGGGCAUGCCCAUUAGGGCUUGGGACCAUUCCACACCACGGAAGCAGCAGAAGCUAAAGCACCCGCCAGGCUGAGAGCCACAGAGACUGGUGGGGAGCUGGCAGGGUCAUGUUCCCCUCUUCUCCCAUUUCUGCUGGUUUUGACUGUUGUAAUCAACCCUGUUUUAAACACGUUUCAACAGA